CCUUAAAUUUAAUUGAGAUGGUUAUUACACAAAUCCGCUCCAUUACGUAGAGCUUCAGUCAUAUAUGACUCAUAAUUCAUAAACGUUUUUUUAUAUAGUAAUAGUAGGACUUGCAGUCCAUUACCGAGAGUUUCGGUUAAUAUAUGACUCAUAAAUUCAAAAUGAUUCAUUUUGACUCGAUGAACUAAAGAAACUUAAAUCAAACGAGUCAUAUGAAUUUCAGAAUAACACAAAAUGGAGAGGAUUUUAGAGUGGACGAGCAAAUAAUUAAUAAUGCUAUUAAUUUUUUAUGAUAAUUUUAUAUAAUUUUUAUGAGAGCUUAUUAAUUGAAUAAUAUUUACAAGACGAUUUUCGUUUCAGAAAACGAUAUUGGUUACUUUGUGACAAUGUUUAAAUUUUUUGUAUAUUGCUAAGGUGGCUAUUUUUGUGACAAUCUUUAAAUGCGUAAACAAAAUGCUUAAGGCAUUAAAUUCAAAUGUACAACCUAAAACGGCGGGUGUUGUAAUAAAAAAAUAAAAAUAAAAAAGAAAACGGUGGGUGUUUCAAACUAAGUCGAAAGCAGAGAAAGCAUGGGCAGCGCUGGACUCGAUUGAAUAUUAGAGUAGGUAGGCUGAACUUUUUGGGACAUACACCAAUUUGUUGUCGGUUUAUAAAUAGUCAAUUGUUAUAAAUAAUUAUUCCGGAGAUGGAUAAACAUGGAACACGAAGUAGAAAGAGAGUAACACGGCUUUUAUUUCAUACUCUCGUAUCUCUAUUACAGAGGAUACACGGAGAAGUGAGGGAGAUACACAGAGAAGUGAGGGAGAAGAGAACCUUGUUGGUGUGUAUUCAUUUGUCUUCUAUGCUUACUUUUUAUUGGCAAUGGAUGAUCCCAACUCCUUCUUCAUAAUAAACAAAAUAGGUGGUCGGUUAGGAAUGUGCUUGUCUGUUGAAUGGGUGGACAAAGGACAUCCACAUAUAUAUUACAGGAACAGAAUAUAGUGGAAACAAUUGUAAAUUUUUUUUGAUCAAACGUGAAACAAACAAAUAAUGAAGAGCAAAACAUUAUAUUUACGUGAUUUCCCAAAAAAUUGAGACUAGUCCACGGGAGAGUUAGGAAUCUCGAACAUGCGUUAUUAUUUGAUACCUCACAUCAGCACACGUUACAAAUAUAUAUACAACCACACUGGCGAAGCGUAGGGCAAGAAACCCUAAGCUUGCAUGAGACGUGCACGGGCCUACGUCAUUAACCAGCCACCAAAUAAAAACUAAUCAUGGACUAGAACUAAUCGCUAAGCACCUAUACGAAGCUAGCUAAGCUGAAGCUGAAAUCCAAUAUCGUCAAUAUCCUCCCCAAAAUUGAUGCAGGGGCUAAAGCAUCAAUUUGGGCGAGAUGUACUAAUGGCGACUACUGACUAGAACUAUGUGCCUUCAUGAAGAUGUAUGCAACGUGUUCUUCAAUGGGAAAAUAGUGUAAGCGAAUAGAACCAUUACGCACAAAGUCAUGAACGUAGUGGAUGUGAAUCUCGAUGUGCUUGGUGCGAUCAUGGAGAAUCGAAUUAGCUUCAAUCUGAAUGAAACUCGUGUUAUCAAUAUAACGCUUCAUGUGAACAGUGAUAUGAACCUCAAAAUCCAGAGGAAGUCAUUGAAGCCAAUCAAUUCCAAUCUAACAUCAGACAUGGAUCGAUAUUUGGCUUCCAUGGAUAAUUUGGACACUUUAUCCUGCUUCUUGCACCUCUAGGACACAAAUGACCCACUAGAGCGGAAACACCAGCCAGUGGUAGAAAGUCGUGUGUCAAUACAACAUGCAUAGUUAGAAUCAGAGAAAGCUUGAAGAGAUAGCUCACCAAUCGAAGAGAAGUAAAGACCGCGAUCAUGGUUAUGUUGGAUGUAUCGACGGAUAUGGUGGUUUGCCGCAAGAUGAGUAUCAUGAGGAGAGGACAUAAACUGGCUAACUAUGUGAACCGCGUACGAAAGAUCAGGCCGAGAUUAACCAUGGAGCGAUACUGAGAUCAUUAGCUAGCGAGUACUCGUAUCCUUUGACCACUUCAGGUUGAGUUCCAUAGGUGUGGCAAUGAGAGAGCAAUCCUCAAAUUUGGUGGAAUGAAGGUGAAUCGUUGCUAACUACACAAUUAAAUCCCGACUAAAGCCCAAGUGCAAACUCUAGAAGGGUGUAGUAUACGGCAAGUGUUUUAAUUGUCAACCCGAGGCGGUUCAUGUACUCCUACUUCAAUCGCUUAAAUUGUUAUCUAGCUAACGGUUUGGAGUUAAAAGCUAAAUAACUACAGUUGUAAACAAGCAAAGAAAGUAAAUUAAGGUGGUGGGCAUGGUUUUCUCACUAUCCAACCCGAACCCGCCCGAUUAUACACAUGCAUAUAUAUUUUGUCUAGAAAUAAUCAAUAUUUUUCUCUAACAUAUUUUAUAUUUAGCAUAUAAAUAUAAUUUUCUUAUGAAAUUGUGUUGUUUUAAUUAAUUUUCUUCAUUCUAGUGAAUUUUUGUCGUACUUUUCGUCUUACGUAAUGUGAGAAUACGUGUAAAUAUUAACAUAUUGAUUGGAGUUAUAAAGAAAAACUAUUACCCAUGGAUAACCGUGGAUACCCGAAAUCCGAACGGAUAUGGGCAUGGUUUGGAUUUUCUGCCCGUUUCUUAUGUGAGUAUGGUAUGGGUAAAACCCGAACUACUUUAGGUAGAGUAACAGAUAUGCAUUAUCCGUCCUUGACCCGACCUUUUGCCAUCCCUAUGCAUGCUGCAGUUAGCUGCUGGUGGACAUUUGGUCAACCCAUGAAAGUUAUUGACAUUUCGAUCAACAUAGCCCCAACUGGAUUGGAUUUAUGUAUCGUCAAACUCAAGAGGCUAAAUUCUAAACCAAAGAGGCGGCUCAUGAAACUUAUGUUUCUACUAAUAACAUAUAAUAUUAUAUUUUGUGAUAGAAUACCAACAUAGAUUUAAAUCUCAGUUCCACGAAAAUAUGUCAAAUCUAUUAACAAAAAAAAAAUCAAUUAUUGCACACAAAAAAAGGAAAUUAAUUAUUUUUUCCUGAUUUUUGAAGCAUCGUGUAAAGAAAGGCGGCUCCCGUUUUAUGAACGACACUAAAGUAGAAUUAAGAUAUUUUGAAUAAAUUCUACCACAAAAAAAAGAUAUUUUGAAUAAUACAUUAUUAUUAGUAUUAAAUUCCUCCAACUUGAUGACAAGAAGUGAAUGGAAACAAACCACCGAAAAACUUUUGGAGUGUGAUGGUGGGUAUGUGACGUUGCAAUACAGAAAACCUGCGUCAUGAUGAUGGAGAGGAGCGUGACCAAGAUAUUGUACAAAUUGAAUAAAUUAUAAUCGAUACAGUGUUGUAAAAAAUAGGAUAAAUACAAUUUAAUAUCCAAAUCUUUCAUUUUAAACAAUAUAAUAGCAAAUCUUUUCGAAAACAAUAUAAUAUCCAAAUCGUCAACUUUCCAUCCGUUUGACUGUUUGUUGACACUUCAUCAAGUUCGACGUACGACACUUCAUCAAUAUCCAUCGAUAUCUUCUCUGAAAAACCACCAACAUAUCGUGGUUCCAAACCUGAGAAGUCCAUAACUCCACCAUGAUGGUAUAAAAUAUCUAAAUAUUC